GGCGUUUGAAAGGCUGCCUUCCCCUGCCCUUUGCAACUCCAAUCCCUGUAAAGAGAUCAUCCUUUCAAAACACUGACCUUCAUCCUUUGAGUCACCGAUUGUCAGCUUAUGAAGUGAGCUCACGAUAAGGGGGAUGCAAGAAGAUUCCCAACUUCCUUGUUCACCAGGAUAGCGACCAGCUGUUGACACCGCCACGCACUGACCUUUCUCAUAUUCCCCAUCACCUUUCCACGAAUAGAUCAGCCGGUGACAUGUUGCGCACUGUCGCAUGUCUGCUAUGGCUGUCUCUUGGCAUCGUCCGAGCCGUGACUUUCACAAAUCCGAUACGCUCAAAUGCCCCUGACCCGUUCAUCGUGUGGGAUGGUGACACGCAGCGGUAUUGGUUCACAUGGACCACAGGCAAGCGCCUGCGACUGCUCUCUGCCAGCACCAUAUCAGAAUUGAAGGAGGAUCCUACCCAAGUCUCCACAUACCAGACGCCAGAGAUGGAUCAAAAAGGCACAAUGUGGGCUCCAGAGCUGCAUAAAAUCGGCUCGAAAUGGUACUUUCACUGGUCUCUCGCUCAGAUUCCCUACGUCAUGGAAAUAGGUAGCAAGGACCCAGAGGGAGCAUGUGGUUCCACUCGAGCAGCUUGGGUCGAGAAAAUAGACACUUCAUCCAUUGUUCCGGUUCUCCCACCCGUCGGAGUCCUCGGCGAGUCUCUUGAGGGACCAUCAGGAGAAAAGUCCGUCGGAGAGAUGGUUUUUGGUGUGGAAAGAAAUAGUACCUGCGGUGCUAAACGUCGACGCUCAAUGGUGCUCCAGGGGUAGCAAUCGUUCGGAGCCAUAUCACAGUAUUACAGCGGUAUGCAUUUUUCCACCCUAUUCUGUCGAGACCGAGGAUGG